AUGGUGAAAACAGGCGUGUUUCUAUGGUGCGCUCCUCGUUGCGUAGCAACAGCGGUUGAGAGGUCUGUCAGGACCCUUAAGAACGGACAGGUAUUCCAUGAGCCCUUCCUGACACUGUUCUAUUAUAGUCCCGAAAGAAAAAGCUUGAGACCCGCGUGUGCUCGGUCUUUGCAGGCGUUUUCUCAAUCAAGCUAUCAGUCAGUCAGUAAAAUGCUGCAACAAGAAUUCAAUGGUAAGGAAUUUGUCUUCAUCAAAGAUAUGGCGUACUGUGUUGAAGGAAAGUUCGACAUCUUUUUAGAAGACGGCUUCAAGCACUUCAAGCAUACAUUUAUGAUCCGUGAUCCUAAAAAAGCAGUCACUUCUCUGUUCAAGCUCUCGACAAAUCCCGAGCUGGCGGGAUGGGAUUACUUCGAUCCCGCGGAGACAGGAUUCCGGCAGUUGUUUGAGUUGUACCAGUUUAUCGAUAGUCACGUUCACGAGAAUCCAGUCGUGGUAGAUGCAGAGGAUCUCCUGAGAUUUCCAAACGAAAUCAUGAAAAAUUACUGUGAGGCAGUGGGACUUCCGUUCGCUGAAAGCAUGACCUCCUGGCAGCCUGGACCAGUUGCAGAGUGGGGUCCCUGUACCGCAUGGCAUGACGAGGUUAUGAAUAGCGCAGGAUUUUCACUCCCUCAAGAAAAAACAGGAAAACCGAGUGAUCUCACACCAGAAGUUGUCUCGGCUGUGGAAAAGUGCAUGCCUUAUUAUAAAGAGCUGGCAGCGUUGAGAAUUCUCCCUGGACAGCGCUAA